CCCAUCUCCUCCGCUGCUAACCACACGCACUGACGCGUAGAAGGCAGGACCGCCGCCGCGUAUAGCUCCUCCUCGCCGGCGCCCCUUACCGCUUUCGAGUUCGAGCAAUGGAAUCGAGGAAGCCGCCGCCCUCCCCCCUCGUCGACAGCUAUGUGGUACCGGGCGACGUCGUCCUGGACCUCUCCGAGAUGACCAACCAGACCAUAAAGCUCGGCAUGGGCCUGCGUCAGGAAUGUGACACCAUCCAGGCGACCAGUGCUGGGAUGCUGCGGUUGUCGAAGCCCAACAAGUAUUGGGUUGAGAGUUCCCAGAAGAGGUAUGUACCUUCUGUAGAAGAUACAGUUCUUGGUGUUGUGGUCGACACAAAACCAGACAACUUUUUGGUGGACAUAAAGGGUCCUAAUGUGGCCUUUCUACCAGUGCUUUCAUUUGAAGGUGGUACCAGGAGAAACAUACCAAAAUUCGAGAUUGGUACAUUAAUAUAUGCUCGAGUAGUGAAGGCAAAUAGCUUCAUGAAUCCAGAGCUCUCAUGCAUGGAUGCUGCUGGGAAAGCUGCUGAAUUUGGUCAGUUGAAAGGUGGCUUUAUGUUUGACACAUCAACUGGCAUGUCACGAAUGUUGUUAAGUUCGCCGACAUGUCCAGUUCUGGAGGCCCUUGGGAAAAAAUUAUCAUUUGAAAUUGCUGUUGGACUCAAUGGUCGAGUCUGGGUGAAUGCUCCUGCACCAAGUACUGUCAUUCUUGUAUCAAAUGCGAUUAUGAGGUCAGAAUCUUUGAGUGGCAUAAAACAAAGAGCUAUGGUAGAAAAUCUCCUGGAGAGAUUGUCAUGAUGGCAAUGUACUCUUCGCGCUGUCGAUGCAUUUUGGAGAAUGGCUUGGUUAGAGCCGCAGCCGAUUCCGGCGAAUUGGCGAAAGAGGCUGGUUUGUUUCAGUGUUGUAGAAUGUAGACAACUAAUAGAAUGGCUGGUUUAGAAUGAAUUUUCUGGCUAAUACUACAUCAUGAAUUUUUCAAUGUGGAUGCGCUAUAAUCAGAUAUCUGCACUAGGUUGCCUGCCGAUCUUGUUGAAAGAAGCCUCGUGAUGACCCAAUUCCAACAUUUCAUAUCCGCUGCACUCGGAAAUGCUGAUCUUGUUGAAAGAAGCCUCAUGAUGACUCAAUUUCAACAUUUUUUGUAUUCUUUGCACUCAGAAAUUGACUUCUUCUGAUCCCA